AUCCACUCCAGCGAUGCUAUCGAUAUGCGGGUGCUCUGCAACAUGUUUAGUACAGGCCAAGAGAAAUUAAGAAGGGCAGGAGAUCCAUAGAUGAGGCUUGAGUCUAAGCGAAUCUGAAAUGUUGCAGGCUGAAGGGGCCUUCAUUCCGACCCCUGUCGCCCCCGCAAACUAUACAUACGUGUUAUCGGCACUUGACUUGAGUGUCUUUCUAUCCUUCGCAGGCAAUUCUCUAGUGCAAAAGCUCGGGAUGAAGUCCCUCCUUGUUCUUGCUAUAGGCUUGUCUGACAUAGCUGUGGCGUCGUCACUUGAUAGACGAGCCCAGCUUGAUGUCCCAGCUCCGGAUACUCAAUUAUAUCAGUUGCGGUCCUCAUCCGACGAUCCGUCCCUGGACAGCCAAUGGGUGUCUCUGCCAGUCAGUUCUUUGAAUAUACGCAGCUACGUGCUCAGCAACAGCCAGGAUGCCGCUAGCAGGUUCUAUCUCGUGAAGUAUAAUGCAACGAACACGUGGGAGCUUCAUACGGCCGAGGACGGGGAUCGGCAAGUGGUGUUGCAUGGUCGAAAUCAGUCUAGCGAACUCCUAUACAUGAGCGAUGUACUGCAUCCGGGUUCGACCGACGUGCUUGAGGGAGAGUUGGCAGAGUGGGGGGUCUUCAUCUUGGAUAACAACGUCCUGGAUAUUAAAGAUGGAAGUGCGCUGACAGAAAGGUCUUUUGUGGCUGUACAUCCAGAAGUUGAAGAUGACUACUAUGAGAUUGCGUUGUAUGAUGGUAAGUGCUGUAAUUCAGGCGGUCGGGCUUAGAGCUGAUGACACCGUUCAGGACCAGGUGCUGCUUCGUUGAAGACGGUGACAGAUAUCGAAUUGAACUUUGUGAGGCUUCCAAGGACUUGAAAUUGUACAUAGUAAACUUAAGUAAUUCGGCAUCCUCCAAGGUAGCAAGUGGUUCUGGCUGUUGGUGU